AUGUCCCCCUCCGCCAUAGCCUCGACUACCCAUGAUGAAGAGCAAGAUGACUCUGUUAUUGAGUCCUCGAUGUACUAUCUGGACAGAACGUCCUUGCACGAUGUAGAAAAGCCUUACAGCAUGCGCUAUCUGCCUGAAGGAAUCCCACAGAGCAACUACAAAAAGGUCAAGUAUCCCAUGAACGCGAAGAGUAUGCGAUGUUAUGGGGUCGACUCAUUUCGCCUCAAUGAAUGUGGCUUUCAACGAAUCGAGCUCAAGACCAAGCUGUCGUACGAUGAUUUCUGGGACAAUCAAAAGGUACAAGAAGUAUAUAUCGAAGAGGUAAAAGACGCUUUGAAGGCAGAACUAGGGGCUAAGCACGUCCAUGUACUCGACUACGCGGUUAGAAAGAGACAUGAGAGUUUCCCGAUAUCGACGGGGAAAGAAUACGAGUAUGACCAACCGACAGCUCUUGCUCAUAUCGAUUUUACUGUUGAGGAAGUGGAACGCAUGAUCAACGUUUUGUAUGGUGAUCGUGCGGAAGAGAUUUUGAAAGGUGGAUGGCAGGCCAUCAAUCUCUGGAAACCCAUCAAGGGUCCACUCAAUGACUGGCCUCUUGGUCUUUGCGACGCGCGAUCCCUCGACUUUGAAACGGAUACCAUACCUAGUGAUAUUGUCUUUGAUGAUUUCUUCACGGAAAAUCUACAGGUACUGUACAGCUCCAACCUCCAGUGGUACUACUUGCCAGAUCAAGAAACAUGGGAGGCCUUGAUUUUUAAGAGUGCCGAUAGUGAAAAAUCACAAGCGCCAGACCUGUACGCUCUUGUCAUCAUGGCUCGUACUGUUAAUGGCGAGCUAACUUUCCUACAAAGACACGAUAUGUAUGAUACCGUCAAACCGUACAGCUUACGGUAUGAUCCACCUGAUGAUAUUCCACGGCACAACCUGCAGACCGAGAAGAAAGAAGUCCAGAUUCAUGAUGCUAGAGGUAUCAACCCCAGUUUGGAAGUGAAUGGGUUCAUGUUGACCUCUGUAUCGACCACGAUGAAAUAUGAUGACUUUCGAGAUGAGAAGUUGAUCGAGACAGUCUACGCAAAGGAGUUAGAAGGUCACAUAAAGAACCUGUUCGGAGCUUCAGUUGUUAAAGUCAUUGACUAUAACGUUCGACGGCGGCACCCAAAGUUUCCAAUCUCAACUGGCAAAGAGUACCAAUAUCAGCAGCCAGCUAAUCUAGUCCACAUCGACUUUUCUCCGGCUGAAGGUAUCAACAUGCUCAAACGCCUCUACGGCAAUGGUGCUGACGGGAUUCUCCAACACCGUUGGCUCAUCAUCAACGCCUGGCGUCCUCUGAAGGGCCCUCUAUUCGACUGGCCGUUGGCAAUUUGCGAUGCCUCCACCUUUGAGCCACACCGCGACGGUCAAGAUUCGGAUGCCGUGUACCCUGAAUGGGCUUAUGAGCACGUUUUAGUGCAUAAGCAUGAGAAUCAAAAAUGGUACUAUUUCUCAGCAAUGCUGGAAUCGGAGACGAUUCUUUUCAAAUGCGCUGAUUCUAAAAUCGGUGCCCAAGGCCCAUGUCCACACGGGGCGUUCCAGCUCAAAGAAAACAGUCACGAAGAAAGAACCAGAGAAAGUGUUGAAUCGAGGGCGAUUGUCAUGUGGGCGCCGAUUGAUGAGUUUCCGCCUGAAGUAGGGGUAGCUUAUGGAAAACGGGAGUAG